AUGAAAGCCCAAAACCCUGCGUCGUAUCUAAGGACUGGGGUCAUUAGCCGCAGCUUGGACAUGACUGAGGAUAGUGAAAUAUCAGAUUAUGAGAUGAACCAAGGUAAUGAAUCUGGAAUUCGCUACAUAACUGAAAACCUUAUUCAGAAAUUGUCAAAACAAGAAAAUUUCUCAUUUGUCACAGCCCUAAAUUUCUCUCUAUCAAAGGAAGGAGGCAAGAAAUUCAAGUACAUAGAAAACCUAGAGAAAUGUGAGAAGUUGGAAAUCUUGAAUCUUAGCUGUAACCUCAUAGAGAAAAUUGAGAAAAACUGGAGAAACAGAGCCGACUUCGUGAGCUGAACCUGUCAUGUAACAGAAUCAGUAAAAUUGAAGGAUUGGAGCACAUGUACAGCCUGCAGAAGUUGAACCUGGCUGGGAAUGAGAUUGAGCACAUACCGGUCUGGUUUGGAAAGAAGAUGAAAGCACUUAGCACCCUGAACCUAAAG